UCCGCGGAAGGCGUCGCGCACCGAGUCCACCAACCAACCACCCGUUGGAGUAUACGGGCGCGUCCUUCCUCGCCGUCCCCAAGCUCUCGCCUCCGGUUUCAAUUCCCAUCCCACUCCUCCCAAACUCGAAAACCCAUCACCACUUCUCUUUUCUCGCCGCCGUCUCUCUCAGAUCAGAUCAAAGCGGAUUCGCACGAUCUCGCGGGGUCUGGUACAAACCUCCAUUCGGCGAAUCGAACUGCCUGGGGUUCUCGAGGCGAAGCUUCUGCGUCCGUUUCAGCCAUGAUGUCGCGGUCGUAUACCAACCUGCUCGAUCUCGCCGAGGGAAACUUCGCCGCGCUGGGCCCGGCCGGCGGCGGGGGGCGGCGGAGGUCGUUCGGCAUGAAGAGGAUGUCGCGGGUGAUGACGGUGCCGGGGACGCUGUCGGAGCUCGACGGGGAGGACGAUUCGGAGCCCGGGGCGACCAACAGCGUCGCCUCCGACGUGCCCUCGUCGGUGUCGGGCGAGCGCCUCAUCGUGGUCUCCAACCAGCUUCCCAUCGUCGCGCGCCGCCGCCCCGACGGCCGCGGCUGGUCCUUCUCCUGGGACGACGACUCGCUGCUCCUCCAGCUCCGCGAUGGCAUUCCGGACGAGAUGGAGGUGCUCUUCGUCGGUGGCGUUCGCGCCGAUGUCCCCGUCACCGAACAGGACGAGGUCUCACAGGCGCUGCUCGACCGAUUCCACUGCGCGGCGGUGUUCCUCCCCGAGUCCCUCCACGACCGGUUCUACCAUCGCUUCUGCAAGCGCCACCUCUGGCCUCUGUUCCACUACAUGCUCCCCUUCUCCUCCGCAUCCCAAACAUCCUCCUCCUCCUCCUCAUCAUCAUCGGCAUCUUCGCCCGGCAGCGGCCGCUUCGACCGUGGCUCGUGGGAGGCAUACGUGCUCGCGAACAAGUUCUUCUUUGAGAAGAUCGUCGAGGUCAUCAACCCGGAGGACGACUAUGUUUGGGUCCAUGACUACCACCUCAUGGCGCUUCCCACCUUCCUCCGCCGCCGCUUCAACCGCCUGCGCAUAGGGUUCUUCCUGCACAGUCCCUUCCCCUCGUCGGAGAUCUACCGCACCCUACCUGUCCGCGAGGAGAUCUUAAAGGCGCUGCUCAAUUGUGAUCUCAUUGGGUUCCACACUUUCGAUUACGCCAGGCAUUUCCUCUCCUGCUGUAGUAGGAUGCUCGGAAUUGAAUACCAGUCAAAGCGUGGGUACAUUGGGUUGGAGUACUUUGGCCGCACUGUUGGGAUUAAAAUCAUGCCAGUAGGAGUUCAUAUGGAUCAGUUGCAGUCGGUACUGUGCUUGCCCGACCGGCAGUGGAGGGUUUCCGAGCUGCAGCAGCAGUUUGAGGGGAAGACUGUGUUGCUCGGCGUGGAUGAUAUGGAUAUCUUUAAAGGGAUCAAUCUGAAGCUUCUUGCCUUUGAAAAUAUGCUGAGGACGCAUCCCAAGUGGCAGGGACGAGCAGUGUUGGUUCAGAUUGCAAAACCAGUCCGUGGCAAGGGUAAGGAUCUAGAAGACAUCAAGGCUGAGAUUUGUGAGAGCUGCAAGAGGAUUAAUGGGGAGUUUGGCCAGCCAGGAUACAGCCCUGUUCUGCUCGUAGACAAAGAUGUGUCUAGUGUGGAGAAGAGUGCCUACUAUACGAUAGCAGAAUGUGUGGUGGUGACUGCGGUAAGAGAUGGCAUGAACUUGACACCAUACGAAUACAUCGUUUCUAGGCAGGGAAUACCUAGGGGUGAGUCCUCAUCGGAGGUGAGUGGACCGAAGAAGAGCAUGCUGGUGGUGUCAGAGUUCAUUGGGUGCUCACCGUCUUUGAGUGGUGCUAUUCGGGUCAACCCAUGGAAUGUAGAGGCAACUGCAGAGGCGAUGAAUGAGGCCAUUUCAAUGUCAGAGCAAGAGAAGCAGCUGAGGCACGAGAAGCAUUACCGUUAUGUCAGCACCCAUGAUGUCGCUUAUUGGUCGAAGAGCUUCAUCCAGGACUUGGAGAGGGCUUGCAAGGAUCAUUUUAGAAGGACAUGCUGGGGCAUUGGAUUGGGAUUUGGUUUCAGGGUGGUGGCCUUAGACCCUAAUUUCACAAAGCUUAACAUGGAUUCGAUUGUUAUGUCAUAUGAGAGGUCAGAGAGCAGGACAAUAUUGCUUGACUAUGAUGGAACAUUGGUGCCCCAGACUUCCAUUAACAAGACACCUAGUGCAGAAGUUUUGGGGAUCAUCAAUACCCUCUGCUCAGAUAAGAGGAACACAGUUUUUCUUGUCAGCGGGAGAGGCAGGGAUAAAUUGGGAGAAUGGUUUUCCUCUUGUCCAAAGCUGGGUAUCGCAGCAGAACAUGGUUACUUCUUAAGGUGGUCUAGAGAUGAAGAGUGGCAAACGUGCACCCAGGCUUUGGAUUUUGGAUGGAUGGAAAUGGCAGAACCAGUUAUGAAUUUGUAUACAGAAGCAACUGAUGGAUCCUACAUUGAAACCAAGGAAAGUGCUUUGGUGUGGCACCAUCAGGAUGCUGAUUCUGGGUUUGGAUCCUCACAGGCAAAAGAGAUGCUUGAUCACCUGGAGAGUGUGCUCGCAAAUGAACCAGUCUCUGUCAAGAGUGGCCAGUUUAUUGUUGAAGUCAAACCACAGGGAGUAAGCAAGGGAGUAAUAGCUGAGAAGAUACUGGCAUCAAUGAAGGAGAGAGGGAGGCAGGCUGACUUUGUAUUAUGCAUUGGUGAUGAUAGGUCGGAUGAGGACAUGUUUGAAAACAUUGCCGAUAUCAUCAAAAGGGGUAUGGUUGCUCCAAAAACACCAUUGUUUGCAUGCACUGUAGGACAAAAGCCAAGCAAAGCCAAAUUCUACUUGGAUGAUACAUUUGAAGUGGCCACCAUGCUGAGCGCACUGGCGGAUGCUACAGACCCCGAGCCCGUGACUGGGUUGGCCGAAGAGUUGGCUGUGUCUGUCUCCUCAAUUGAUAUCAGUGGUGAACAAAAACAGUCAAGUGAUAGACCUUUCGAGGGGUUGUAGUUCAGGGCUUGGUUAAAUCUGCAGAUUUAUGACGAUUGAUUCAACUGUCUCUUCUACACAUAUUCUGAAGGAUAUGAAGUUGGGUACUCAAGAAAUGACUAACACCUAGGGCCUGCAAUGUGAAGCUACUGCAGCAAACAUUACAACCUUUUGCUACAAAAUGUAGGUCCAUAUGUCCAUAGCUGACUCGUCACCUAUCUUUGCACAUUUCUCUUGAACCUUUUUCCUUCUCAAGUAAAGCUUCGGAGAAGGCAAGUGAACUGUAUGGCUGGGGUAAUGGGGAAUUGGGAUUAUAGGAUUGGCAAUGCACAUGGGAAAGGAGUGCAUCCGCAGCUUGUGAUCCCAUGUUAACAGGUUACACAGUGGUUUCGUUUUUGAAUUCUGAAGUCGUGGUAAUGUGAAUGGUGAGAUUUGGUUCGUUGAUUUUUUGA